AUGGAACAUAUGUGCCAGCUGGUGGAACUUAUAUACCACCAAACCCUCCAAGAGAAGCACCUGCACCAGGACUACCUAACACAUUUACAUCGUCACAUGGACAUAGACACAGGCAUGCACCACAACAACAACCAAAACCAACACAACAACCAACACAACAACCAGCACAGCAACCACCUCCACAACCAGCACAACAACCAGCACAAACAGAGCAAGGACAUAAAAGAAGUAGAGAACAAGGAAACCAAGAAUUCUUAA